UCGCUACGGUCGCUGGUGACGUCACUUCCGGCCGGUCUCACGUGCGCGCAUCAUGGCGGAUCUGCAGAUGAAGCUGCUGCGGAGGAAACUCCAGAAGAGAAAUGAGAAAAUCCGGAAAAGAAACCAACAGAAAAGACAGCGGGAGGGCCCGGCGGGGGACGCAGUUGUCGACCAGGAGGAGCGGAGCAGCGAGGAGACGGCUCCGGAGGCGGUGGUCCCAGUAAAUGGAGAAGUGGAGGAGAAUCCUGAGACCCCCGGGGACACCAGGAAGAAGAGGAAGAGAAAGCUGGUGACUGAGCAGACUGAUGCCAAGCGACUAAACAAUGAAGAGGCGGAGCCUAAAGUGACCACCCAAGAGACAGAGGAGGAGCCUAAUGUGACCGCCCAGGAGACUGACGAGGAGGAGGAGCCAGGUCUGCCAAUGGGAUUGACUGGGGCGUUUGAGGACACGGCGUUCUCCUCCCUGGCCGACCUGGUGAAUGAGAACACGCUGAAGGCCGUGGCUGAAAUGGGCUUCACUCACAUGACGGAGAUCCAGCAUAAAACCAUCAGACCGCUCCUGGAGGGCAGGGACGUUCUGGCUGCCGCUCGCACCGGUAGCGGUAAGACGCUCGCCUUCCUGGUCCCAGCCAUAGAACUGGUCUACAAGCUUAGGUUUAUGCCGCGGAAUGGGACGGGGGUGCUCAUCUUGUCGCCCACGCGGGAGCUCGCCAUGCAGACAUACGGGGUCCUGAAGGAGCUGAUGGCGCAUCACGUCCACACCUACGGGCUGAUUAUGGGCGGCAGUAACCGGUCGGCAGAAGCUCAGAAACUGGCCAAUGGGGUUAAUAUUGUUGUGGCGACCCCGGGGAGGCUCCUGGACCACAUGCAGAACACGCCAGGAUUCAUGUACAAAAACCUGCAGUGUCUGGUCAUCGACGAGGCCGAUCGCAUCCUGGAGGUCGGGUUCGAGCAGGAAAUGAAGCAGAUCAUCAACCUGUUGCCAAAGCGCAGGCAGACCAUGCUGUUCUCUGCCACUCAGACUCGCAAGGUGGAGGACCUGGCGCGGGUCUCCCUCAAGAAGGAGCCGCUGUAUGUGGGGGUGGACGACAACAAGGACACGGCGACGGUGGACGGUCUGGAGCAGGGUUACGUGGUGUGUUCCUCGGAGAAGCGCUUCCUGCUGCUCUUCACCUUCCUGAAGAAGAACCGCAAGAAGAAGAUGAUGGUUUUCUUCUCGUCCUGCAUGUCGGUGAAAUUCCACUAUGAGCUCCUCAACUACAUCGACCUCCCGGUGAUGGCCAUUCACGGGAAGCAAAAGCAGACGAAACGCACCACCACCUUCUUCCAGUUCUGUAACGCGGACACUGGAAUCCUCCUGUGCACGGACGUGGCGGCCCGAGGACUGGACAUCCCGGAGGUGGACUGGAUUGUGCAGUAUGACCCC